AUGUUGUUCUUCUCCCUAUUCAAGACCCUAACUGAUCAACAGUUCAAGAAUAAUGUUGAGAUAACGGGAACCUUAAAGUCUGUUGACCAAUAUCUGAAUCUAAAGUUGGAUAAUAUACAAUAUAUCAGUGAUGAAGAUAACGAAUUUCCUCAUCUGUUCGGUGUGAAGAGUCUGUUUAUCAGAGGUUCUGGUAUUAGGUACAUACACAUUGACCCAUCAUCAGUAGAUACCAAUUUGUUACAGGAUGCAUCCAGAAGAGGUAUGUCGAAUUUUCAAUUUUUUAUGUUGAUGCGAAGCGUUUACUAA